GACAGAAACAUGAGUGUCAAAAAUAGAUUCACUAACGCUGAAAGCGUGAUUGAGGAAGUUUUCGUUUUAUAUGAAAUGAAUGAGAUGCAUCAGUCAGGGCUGAGUUCGUGUGUGUUGCACAUCUGCUGCGUCUCCAAUGUACUCUACGCUCAGCGCUACACAUCCAAGCUGCACUUGUGAGACCAGACUAAACAGGGACACUCGUCCCUGUCCACUGUCUCUGUGUCACUGGAUGUGUCCAGUAUCUCCAUGUCGUCCAAUACCUCACAACUGAAGUAUGUGUCUCUUGGGGUGCUGGUACUGCAGACCACCUCCUUGGUGCUGACAAUGCGUUACUCGCGCACGCUGCAGUCCGACGGGCCGCGCUACCUGGCGUCGUCUGCCGUAGUGUGUGCUGAAGUUCUUAAGAUUGUUGCAUGCAUGCUGCUUGUCUUCAAAGAUCACAGUUUCAGUGUUCGUGCACUGAAUCGGGUGUUGAAGGAGGAAAUAAUCAACAAGCCUCUGCUGACGCUGAAGUUGGCCAUUCCCUCAGGUAUCUACACCCUGCAGAACAACCUGCUCUAUGUGGCUCUGUCAAAUCUAGAUGCAGCUACCUACCAGGUUACAUAUCAGCUGAAAAUUCUCACUACAGCUCUGUUCUCUGUGUCCAUGUUGGGCAAAAAACUCGGCAUUUAUCAGUGGCUCUCACUAGUCAUUCUGAUGACUGGAAUUGCACUUGUCCAGUGGCCAACUGAAGUUACAUCAAGCACCAAAGAGUUGGAUCUGACCACCGGCUCUCAGUUGAUGGGUCUACUGGCGGUGCUUGUGGCGUGCUUCUCCAGCGGAUUUGCUGGCGUCUAUUUCGAAAAGAUCCUCAAAGAGAGCAAGCAGAGUGUCUGGAUUCGUAAUAUUCAGCUAGGUGUAUUUGGACUCAUUUUUGGACUUGGGGGAGUGUUUGCGUACGACGGAGAAAGAGUGCAGGAGAAUGGAUUCUUUCAAGGGUACACCAGUCUGACGUGGACUGUGGUGGCUCUUCAGGCUUUGGGUGGGUUAGUCAUUGCGGCUGUCAUCAAAUAUGCAGAUAACAUCCUGAAGGGCUUUGCCACAUCCAUUUCAAUCAUUCUAUCCACCCUCAUCUCUUAUUUCUUGUUGGAAGAUUUUGACCCUACUAGUGUGUUUUUCCUGGGUGCGAUGCUGGUUAUCGCUGCUACGUUUCUCUAUGGGUAUGAAAGCACACCUGCGGGCAACACUAGUAAAGUAUAGAAUCUGGGACAUGAUAUGUUAAACAACCUAAAACAAUCAUCAUGAGACGCUCUACUUCAGGUGACAUUCAGGACAACAGAACCCAUGAUGCUAUUAGAAAGUAGCACAAAAACACCCAACAAUUCAAAACAUGAACUGUCUUCUGUAUCAUUCGUUGACAGCAAUACACUAACAACACACACAACCAAAAACAGAGCUAUGAAACCCAAACUAGUUCUGAUGUAUUAGGCGGCAGGAUUGUUUGUUAAACUCAGCUGAGGAAAUCAUUUUAAGUGUGUUUACAUACAAUGGGAAUCUCUGUAACAGAGCCCCUCAAUUUCCAUGUUACAGUUUUCAUAUUUAUUUCCUGUGCCAUAUAAUGGCACACGGAGAAAGGGAGUGUUUUACUUGAA